GCGGGGCGAGCUGCACGGACGGCCGCACCGGCGGCCGCGGGCCCAGGUGAGAGGCGUUCGGGCCAACAGCCCCUCCCUGGCAGCAUCUCCCCACCUGCCCGAGCAUCCUUCCCCGGCGCGCGGUGGGCAUGGCCUGAACCCCGGGGGUCUCCCUGGCUGUGGGGGAGGUGAGGAGUCUAGGGCAAAACAAGCCCCCCCCCCCAACCCAGUGCAGCCUCCACUCCAUGCGUGGGUCCUACCAUCAGGCCUUGGCCUUCGCAGGCCCCCCUCCUUGGGCACCGUGACUGGACUGCGGGGAAAGACAGGCUCGGCCGGCCUGCGAAGGGUUAAAGCUUCUGAUCCCGCCCCCAGCCCCGCGCCCCGCCAGCCCUUGCUGGGGCUGUGGGACUCGUCUCCCCACCUUCUCCACCGCCCUCUCCAGCCUGCCUUUCCCAUUCAAUCACGUAAUGGCCUGGGCUGCUCCCUGGCCUGAGGGAAUGCUCAUGAAACCCAUCCCCAAGUGCCCUCCAUUGAUGAGACAGUCGUGAUCACUGUUUAACAGGAAGGAAACUGAGGCACAGAGAAGCCACGUUAAAGAUACCAGGUUAAAGACACAGCAAGAAGAAAACAAGAUUGAACUCGUUUUUGUGUGACCUCAGACCAGACACGGAACGUGUACUGAGGGCUUGCUGUGUAUCAGAUACCACUAUUACCAGCAUUAUGAGCUCACUUAAUCGUCAAAUGCCCCGGGGAAAUGGGUACCAUUAUUAUCCCCAUUUUACAGAUAAACAAACUGAGGCCCAGAAAGGGGAAGUGACUUGGCCAAGGUCACACAGCAGGUAGGUACCAAGUGCCCACUUUACAGCUUUCCAUGGAAGAAGGGAAGAAUAAGAAUGGAUUUUGCUGUGUCCUCCAAAAGGCAGAGUCUCCACCCCAUUGACCAAGACCCACACACUGCCCUCCUAGAGUCUAAUGGGUUGGCAAGUGUCUAGGCCUUUUGAGAAGGAGUGACAUUGAUCUCCCCUCAAUUCCUUCUUUUCUUAGUCUUAGAAUCAGGUGUGGGGUGGCUGGGAGAGUGGAGGAGAUGUAUCUGACAUCACCUAUCCCUUUAAGUUUCAUAUUUACUAUCUAGUAGGGCUCUAGAGCAGCCCCUCGGUGACUCGAAUGAUUAAGCGGUCCACCACGACUGAAUGGUUGGUGGUUGGAACCCGCCCAGAGGUGCCUGGGCAGAAAGAUCUGGCAAUCUGCUUCCGAAAGGACACAGUCAUGAAAACCUCAUGGAAUGCAGUACUACUCUAUGCACACGGGGCCCGCCAUGAGUUAGUCAAUUUGACGGCAGUGGGUUUAGCGUUCUGGAGCAUAGCUCUGGAGUCAGAUGAUAUGGCAGUCAGCUGUUGCCACAAUAAUGCUGCAUAACAAACCGUCCCCAAUCUUAGUGCUUUAAAACACUAAACAUUUAGUUAGCCCUUGGGUCUGAGGUUUUGGCUGGGCUCAGCCCGGCAGUUCUUCUGGUCUCCUGUGAGCUUAUUCACAUCUGGGGAGCGAGGUGGUAGCUGUUGGCUGCUCUGUCUGGCCUUGGCUGCAGUGACUGGGGCCUUGGCCUUGGACUAGCCCAAACAUGUUUUUUUCUCAGCCACAGUUGAGCCCAGGCAGAAAGAUGCAAGGUGUCUUGAGUCCUGAGCUCAGACCCGCCAUACCAUCACUUCUACCUGAUUCUAUUGGCCAAAGCAAGUCAUAUGACAAAGCCCAGUGGCAAGAGGUGGGACACGUCCCCCCACUCUUCCACCCCUUUCACCCCCACAAUAGAAGAACACUGGAGAGUUACAUGGCAAAAGGUAUGGCUACAAAACAAAAACCCGUUGCCAUGGAGUCGAUUCUGACUCAUGGUGACCCUAUAGGACAGUAGAACUGCCCCAUAGGGUUUCCAAGGCUGUAAUCUUUAUGGAAGCAGACUGCUACAUCUUUCUCCCACAGAGUAGCUGAUGGGUUUGAAUCACCAAUGUUUGGUUAGCAGCCCAGUGCUUAACUACUGUGCCACCAGGACUCCUUAAGGGCGUGGCUACCAGGAUGAAGAAUUCGGCUGUUAAUGCAAUCAUUCUAUCACAGCGCCUGGCGUUUGAAUCCUAAUUUCAUGACUUACUAGCUGUGUAACCUUAGGUAAGUGAAUUAACCCCUCUGUGCCUCAGCUUCCUUUACUGUAAAAUGGGCCUAAUAAUAGCCUAUACUUCGGGAAUUAAAUUUGUGGGAAUUGAGAUAAUGCAUAGAAAGUGCUUAGCACAGAGCAUAUCCUCAAUAAAUGCAUUAUAGUUCUAUCAACAACAAUAUUAUUGUUCUAAUAAUAGAAAAAUAUUGUUCUAAUAAUAAUAACAGUGACAAUUUGCCAAGCCUCUAACCAAAAGGUCAGCAGUUCGAAUCCACCAGCCACUCCUUGGAAACUCUGUGGGGCAGUUCUACUCUGUCCUAUGGGAUCACUAGGAGUCAGAAUGGACUUGACAGCAGCAGGUUUGGUUUGGUUUUGGUUCUGCCUUAUGCCAGGAGCCAAGCUGGAUACUUUACCACAGCCCUGUGAACUGGUCAGGGUGAACACUUUAAAGACAGGAAAACUGAAGCCCAGACAGUCAUUGUCAGAAGGAGGGCCUCUGAGCUUGGGCCUCAUUUCAAGCCGUAAUCUACUUCUCUCCAUCCUAGGCCUCACCUUCCCUGAUGGCACAGGUACCAGGGGAAGUGGACAACAUGGAGGGCCUGCCAGCCCCUAACAACAACAACCUUACAGCCCGCUGGGACAGUCCGGAUCGGGGCUGGGAGCGGGAGCUGCCGGCUGCCUCCACCACAGCUGCCUCACUCUUUGAGUGCUCCCGAAUCAAGGCCUUGGCAGAUGAGCGGGAGGCGGUGCAGAAGAAAACCUUCACCAAGUGGGUGAACUCUCAUCUCGCCCGUGUGGGCUGUCACAUCGGGGACCUCUAUGCGGACCUCCGGGACGGUUUCGUGCUCACCCGGCUCCUGGAAGUGCUGUCUGGGGAGCAGCUGCCCAGGCCCACGCGCGGCCGCAUGCGGAUCCACUCGCUGGAGAACGUGGACAAGGCGCUGCAGUUCCUGAAGGAGCAGCGCGUGCACCUGGAGAACGUGGGCUCUCACGACAUCGUGGACGGGAACCACCGCCUGACCCUGGGGCUGGUCUGGACCAUCAUCCUGCGCUUCCAGAUUCAAGUCAUCAAAAUUGAGACCGAGGACAACAGAGAGACGCGCUCAGCCAAGGAUGCGCUGCUUCUGUGGUGUCAGAUGAAGACAGCGGGUUACCCUGAGGUAAACAUCCAGAAUUUCACCACCAGCUGGCGGGACGGCUUGGCCUUCAAUGCCCUCAUUCACCGGCACAGGCCUGAUCUCGUGGACUUCAGCAAACUCAUCAAGUCCAACGCCAACUACAACCUGCAGAGAGCCUUCCGCACGGCUGAGCAACAUCUAGGGCUGGCACGUCUGCUGGACCCGGAGGAUGUGAACAUGGAGGCCCCAGAUGAGAAGUCCAUCAUCACCUACGUGGUCUCCUUCUACCACUAUUUCUCCAAGAUGAAGGCUCUGGCUGUGGAGGGGAAGCGGAUUGGGAAGGUCCUGGACCAAGUGCUGGAGGUGGGGAAGAUCAUUGAGCGCUAUGAGGAGCUGGCAGCCGAGCUGCUGGCCUGGAUCCACCGGACCGUGGGCCUCAUCAGCAACCAGAAGUUUGCCAACUCGUUGAGUGGGGUGCAGCAGCAGCUUCAGUCAUUCACGGCCUAUUGCACGCUGGAGAAGCCCGUCAAGUUUCAGGAGAAGGGGAACCUGGAGGUGCUGCUCUUCAGCAUCCAGAGCAAACUGCGUGCCUGCAACCGCCGCCUCUUUGUGCCCCGGGAGGGCUGUGGCAUCUGGGAUAUCGACAAGGCAUGGGGCGAGCUGGAGAAGGCCGAGCAUGAGCGGGAGGCUGCCCUACGGGCUGAGCUGAUCCGGCAGGAGAAGCUGGAGCUACUGGCCCAGAGGUUUGACCACAAGGUGGCCAUGAGGGAGAGCUGGCUGAAGGAGAACCAGCGCCUGGUCUCCCAGGACAACUUUGGGUAUGAGUUGCCAGCAGUGGAGGCGGCCAUGAAGAAGCACGAAGCAAUCGAGGCAGACAUUGCAGCCUAUGAGGAGCGGGUGCAGGGCGUGGCGGAGCUAGCCCAGGCCUUGGCGGCUGAAGGCUACUAUGACGCCCGGCGGGUGGCGGCCCAGCGUGACAGCGUCCUGCGCCAGUGGGCCCUGCUGACUGGGCUGGUAGGUGCCCGGCGGACACGGCUCGAGCAGAACCUGGCCCUGCAGAAAGUCUUCCAGGAGAUGGUGUACAUGGUGGACUGGAUGGAAGAGAUGCAGGCUCAGCUGCUGUCCCAAGACUGUGGGCAGCACCUGGUGGAGGCGGAGGACUUGCUGCAGAAGCAUGGACUGCUGGAGGGGGACAUCACAGCCCAGAGCGAGCGGGUGGAGGCCCUCAAUGCUGCUGCCCUUCGUUUCUCCCAGCUGCAGGGCUACCAACCCUGCGACCCUCAGGUCAUCUGCAACCGGGUGAACCACGUUCACGGCUGUCUGGCGGAGCUUCAGGAGCAGGCGGCGCGGCGGCGCGCGGAGCUGGAGGCGUCUCGGAGCCUUUGGGCACUCCUGCAGGAGCUGGAGGAGGCCGAGAGUUGGGCACGCGACAAAGAGCGCCUCCUGGAGGCCGCCAGUGGCGGCGGCACGGCGGGCACAGUGGGCACAGCUGGCACCGCGGGCGGCGCACACGACCUGCCCAGCACCGCUCGUCUGCUGGCUCAGCACAAGAUCCUGCAGGGCGAGCUGGGUGGGCGGCGGACACUGCUGCAGCAGGCGCUGCGGCGCGGUGAGGAGCUGGCUGCGGCCGGCGGCGCCGUCGGCCCGGGCGCGGAGACAGUGCACCUGGUGGGCCUGGCGGAGCGAGCGGCGAGCGCGCGGCGUCGCUGGCAGCGGCUGGAAGAGGCGGCGGCGCGGCGUGAGAGGCGGCUGCAGGAGGCGCGGGCACUGCACCAAUUCGGCGCUGACCUCGACGGGCUCCUGGACUGGCUUCGCGACGCCUACCGCUUGGCGGUCGCCGGCGACUUCGGUCACGACGAAGCGUCCAGCCGCCGCCUGGCCCGCCAGCAUCGCGCGCUCACCGAGGAGGUGGAGGCGCAUCGCGGGUCCGUGGGCGGCCUGCGGCGCCAGCUGGCAACACUGGGGGGCGCCAGUGGCGCCGGACCUCUGGUGGUGGCGCUGCAGGUGCGCGUGGUGGAGGCCGAGCAGUUGUUCGCCGAGGUGACCGAAGUGGCCGCGCUGCGGCGCCAGUGGCUGCGCGAUGCCCUCGCUGUCUACCGCAUGUUCGGCGAGGUGCACGCCUGUGAGCUGUGGAUCGGCGAGAAGGAGCAGUGGCUGCUCGCCAUGCGCGUGCCCGAUUCACUCGACGACGUCGAGGUGGUGCAGCACCGCUUCGAGAGCCUGGACCAGGAGAUGAACAGUCUGAUGGGCCGUGUCCUGGAUGUGAACCACACGGUCCAGAAGCUGGUGGAAGGAGGCCACCCCAGCUCAGACGAGGUGCGCUCCUGCCAAGACCACCUCAAUAGCAGGUGGAACCGCAUCGUGGAAUUGGUGGAACAGCGCAAAGAGGAGGUUAGCGCGGUGCUGCUGGUGGAGAACCACGUACUGGAGGUGGCUGAGGUGCGCACCCAGGUGCGCGAGAAGCGGCGGGCGGUAGAGAGCGCGCCCCGAGCCGGCGGCGCCCUACAGUGGCGCCUCAGCGGCCUGGAGGCGGCUCUGCAAGCGCUGGAGCCAAGACAGGCGGCUCUCCUGGAGGAAGCGGCCCUACUGGCCGCGCGCUUUCCCGCGCAGGAGGCGCGGCUAAGCCAGGGCGCAGAAGAGCUGGGCGCCGAGUGGGGCGCGCUGGAAAGCGCGGCUCAGGCCUGCGGCGAGGCGGUGGCGGCGGCCGGGCGCCUGCAGCGUUUCCUGCACGACCUGGACGCUUUCCUGGACUGGCUGGUGCGAGCCCAGGAGGCGGCGGGAGGCGACGAGGGGCCCUUGCCUGGCAGCCUGGAAGAGGCGGAUGCGCUGUUGACGCGCCACGCCGCUCUCAAGGAGGAGGUGGACCAGCGAGAGGAGGACUAUGCGCGCAUCGUGGCAGCCAGUGAGGCGAUGCUGGCGGGGGACGGCGCCGAGCUCGGCCCGGGCCUGGCGCUCGACGAGUGGCUGCCGCACCUGGAGCUCGGCUGGCACAAGCUGCUGGGCCUGUGGGAGGCGCGCAGGGAGGCGCUGGUCCAGGCGCACGUCUACCAGCUCUUCCUGCGGGAUCUGCGCCAGGCGCUCGCGGUGCUUCGCAACCAGGAGAUGGCACUGUCGGGUCCCGAGCUCCCGGGCACAGUGGAGUCCGUGGAAGAGGCGUUGAAAAGGCACCGGGAUUUUCUCACCACGAUGGAGCUGAACCAGCAAAAGAUGCAGGUGGCCGUGCAGGCUGCCGAGGGCCUGCUGAGGCAGGGCAACGCCUACGGAGAGCAGGCCCAGGAGGCCGUGGUGCGGCUGCUGGAGAAGAGCCAAGAAAACCAACUACGGGCUCAGCAAUGGAUGCAGAAGCUACACGACCAACUUGAGCUGCAGCACUUCCUCCGGGUCUGCCACGAGCUGGAUGGCUGGAUCCAUGAGAAGAUGCUGAUGGCACGGGAUGGCACGAGGGAAGACAGCCAUAAGCUGCAUAAGAGAUGGCUCCGGCACCAGGCGUUCAUGGCUGAGCUGGCUCAGAAUAAAGAGUGGCUGGAGAAGAUUGAGAGGGAGGGCCAGCAACUGAUCCAAGAGAAGCCCGAGCUGGCAGCCUCAGUGCGGAAGAAGCUGGGUGAGAUCCGGCAGUGCUGGGCGGAGCUGGAAAGCACCACCCAGGCCAAGGCUCGGCAACUCUUUGAGGCCAGCAAGGCUGAUCAGCUGGUGCAGAGCUUCGCUGAGCUGGACAAGAAGCUCCUUCACAUGGAAAGCCAGCUGCAAGAUGUGGACCCAGGUGGGGACCUGGCCACCGUCAACAGCCAGCUCAAGAAGUUGCAGUCGAUGGAGUCACAGGUGGAGGAGUGGUACCGCGAGGUGGGAGAGUUGCAGGCGCAGACCGCUGCGCUGCCGCUGGAGCCGGCGAGCAAGGAGCUGGUAGGCGAGCGGCAGAACGCGGUGGGCGAGCGCCUGGUGCGCCUGCUCGAGCCGCUGCAGGAGCGCCGCCGCCUGCUGCUCGCCUCCAAGGAGCUGCACCAGGUGGCGCACGACCUGGACGACGAACUAGCCUGGGUCCAGGAGCGGCUGCCACUGGCCAUGCAGACAGAGCGAGGCAACGGCUUGCAGGCUGUGCAGCAGCACAUGAAAAAGAACCAGGGCCUGCGGCGGGAGAUCCAGGCUCACGGGCCGCGCCUGGAGGAGGUGCUGGAGCGCGCGGGCGCCCUGGCAUCGCUGCGCAGCCCGGAGGCAGAGGCCGUGCGCAGCGGCCUGGAGCAGCUGCGGGGCGCCUGGGUCGGCCUGCGGGAGGCGACCGAGCGGCGUCAGCAGGCACUGGACGCCGCCUUCCAGGUGGAACAAUACUACUUCGACAUGGCCGAGGUGGAGGCGUGGCUAGGCGAGCAGGAGCUGCUCAUGAUGAGUGAGGACAAGGGCAAGGACGAACAAAGCACCCUGCAGCUGCUCAAGAAGCACCUGCAGCUGGAGCAGGGCGUGGAGAACUACGAGGAAAGCAUCGCGCAGCUGUCGCGCCAGUGCCGGGCGCUGCUGGAGAUGGGACACCCGGACAGUGAGCAGAUCAGCCGGCGACAGUCUCAGGUGGACCGCCUGUAUGUGGCGCUCAAGGAGCUGGGUGAGGAGCGCCGCGUGGGCCUGGAGCAGCAGUACUGGCUGUACCAGCUCAGCCGCCAGGUGGAUGAGCUGGAGCAUUGGAUCGCUGAGAAGGAGGUGGUGGCCGGCUCACCCGAGCUCGGCCAGGACUUUGAGCAUGUCACGGUGCUGCAGGAGAAGUUCUCCGAGUUUGCCAGCGAGACAGGCACGGCAGGGCGGGAACGGCUGGCCGCAGUGAACCAGAUGGUGGAUGAGCUGAUCGAGUGUGGCCACACCGCGGCGGCCACCAUGGCUGAGUGGAAGGACGGGCUGAACGAGGCCUGGGCCGAGCUGCUGGAGCUCAUGGGCACGCGGGCCCAGCUGUUGGCUGCCUCCCGAGAGCUGCAUAAGUUCUUCAGCGACGCCCGUGAGCUUCAGGGACAGAUAGAGGAGAAGCGGAGGCGACUGCCCCGCCUGACCGCCCCACCUGAGCCGAGACCCAGCGCCAGCUCCAUGCAGCGGACCCUGCGCGCCUUUGAGCACGACCUGCAGCUCCUUGUGUCCCAGGUGCGGCAGCUGCAGGAGGGGGCAGCCCAGCUCCGGACGGUGUAUGCAGGCGAGCACGCCGAGGCCAUCGCCAGCCAGGAGCAGGAGGUGCUGCAGGGCUGGAAGGAGCUGCUGGCAGCCUGCGAGGACGCCCGCCUGCACGUCAGCUCCACGGCCGAUGCCCUGCGCUUCCACAGCCAAGCCCGCGACCUGCUCUCCUGGAUGGACGGCAUCGCCGGCCAGAUUGGGGCAGCCGACAAGCCCAGGGACGUGUCAUCGGUGGAGCUGCUCAUGAACUAUCACCAGGGCCUGAAGACCGAGCUGGAGGCUCGGGUGCCGGAGCUGACUGCGUGCCAGGAGCUGGGGCGCUCUCUGCUGCUCAACAACAGUGCCAUGGCUGAUGAGAUCCAGGCACAGCUAGACAAGCUGGGAACCAGGAAGGACGAGGUGUCAGACAAAUGGGACCGCCAUUGGGAGUGGCUGCAGCAGAUGCUGGAGGUGCACCAGUUCGCCCAGGAGGCGGUGGUGGCCGAUGCCUGGCUGACAGCCCAAGAGCCGCUCCUGCAGAGCCGCGAGCUGGGCAGCAGCGUGGACGAGGUCGAGCAGCUUAUCCGGCGGCACGAGGCCUUCCGCAAGGCAGCCGCUGCCUGGGAAGAGAGGUUCAGCUCCCUGCGGCGCCUGACCACGAUCGAGAAACUCAAGGCUGAGCAGAGCAAGCAGCCACCCACGCCCCUACUGGGGCGCAAGUUCUUCGGGGACCCCAUGGAACUGGCGGCCAAGGCGGCGCCCCUGCUGCGGCCCUCAGGCCUGGAGCCCCUGGCCCGCCGGGCCUCGGACACGCUGUCAGCCGAGGUGCGGACCCGGGUGGGUUAUGUGCGCCAGGAGCUCAAGCCGGAGCGCCUCCAGCCGCGCAUCGACCGGCUACCGGAGAUCCCGGUGAGGGUGGAGCCCACAUCUCUGCCGGCCGCACCCGAGGACGCGACAGAGGCCCCCAGGGCCCCCGCGGUGGCGGAGCCAGACGCGCCGGGGCCCGAGCGCCAGGAGUCAGCUCAUCACGCCGAGGAGCUGCCCAGGAGGCGGCGACCGGAGCGCCAGGAGUCAGCGGAUCAACCCGAGGAGGCUGCGCGGAGGCGGCGGCCCGAGCGGCAGGAGUCUGCGGAGCACGAGGCGGCACACAGCCUUACCCUGGGCCGCUACGAGCAGAUGGAGCGGCGGCGCGAGCGGCGUGAGCGGCGGUUGGAGCGGCAGGAGUCCAGCGAGCAGGAGAUGCCCACCAGAGGAGAUCUAGCCAAGGGGAAGGCCACCUUGGCUGACAUUGUGGAGCAGCUGCAGGAGAAAGAGGCAAGUCCAGGGCUCCCUGCUGGGCCGUCGCUGCCUCAGCCUCGCGAGCUUCCCCCCGGCCGCCUGCCCAAUGGACUUGAGCCGCCGGAGCGGACACCUCGGCCGGACCGGCCACGGGCGCGGGACCGUCCCAAGCCGCGACGGCGGCCGCGGCCCCGCGAGGGUGGUGAGGGCGGGGGAAGCCGGCGCUCCCGCUCCGCCCCCGCCCAAGGUGGCUCCGCCCCCGCGCCUCCGCCCCCGCCCACCCAUACAGUGCAGCACGAGGGCUUCCUGCUGCGCAAGCGCGAGCUGGACGCCAACCGCAAGUCUUCCAACCGGUCCUGGGUGAGCCUGUACUGCGUGCUCAGCAAGGGGGAGCUGGGCUUCUACAAGGACUCCAAGGGACCGGCAUCAGGGGGCACACAUGGUGGGGAGCCACUACUCAGCCUGCACAAGGCCACCAGCGAGGUCGCCAGUGACUACAAGAAAAAGAAACACGUCUUCAAGCUCCAGACCCAAGAUGGCAGCGAGUUUUUGCUCCAAGCUAAAGAUGAGGAGGAGAUGAACGGCUGGCUGGAGGCGGUGGCUGCCUCGGUGGCCGAACACGCAGAGAUAGCCCGUUGGGGCCAGACGCUACCCACCACGUCGUCCACAGACGAGGGCAACCCCAAGCGGGAGGCAGGGGAGCGCAGGGCCAGUGGGCGCCGGAAGUGAUUCCCCCAGCCCAGGACUUGACAAGUCUCCUGCCCCUCCUCUCCACUACGUGGGCACAAAGACACUUUCUCUUCUGCAGGGGCUGGAGCCCCUAGUUCCAACACUGCGGACUUGGCAUGAUGGGCACUGGAAAGGAGGGGGCUUCUCCUGCACCCCCAAAAAGUGGCGGAGGGAGAGCUGCCCAAUAGCCAUAUCUCGGCCCCUUCCCGCUGGUCACCUCCACCCCAGGUGCUGGGGCUCCAUUAUUUUUAUGCAAUAACUGAGCUUAGGGGGGGCGGGGUGGGGGCUAGUUGAGCCAAGUCCCCUGUCCCGACCCCCAGAUUCUGCACCAAGAAGCUGGGGCGGUGGGGGCAAUAAUUCCUGCCCCCCUCUCCACCAGAGGGUUGGGAACGGGGGCGCUGGUGAGGUCCCCUGGACCGUCCAGGGUGCUAGGGGGUGGGGAGGGGACGCCUCCUCCCCGCCUUUACCUCACUUCCAAAGCUGCCUUGAACUUUGUCUGGGAGGGAGGAAUGUGGGAGGCCCUAGCCCCCCACACUCCGCCGCCUCAGAGCCAUGCGGUUAAUUACUGACUUAGUUUAUUUUUGCAAAACGUCAACCUCCUCCUCCCCUGCCCCGCAUCCGCGAAGGCUUUAAAUGGGAGGGAGCGUCAAAGCUCAAAACUGUCUUCCUCUCUCCUCUCCCCUCCAUCUGUAAAUGCCCUUUUAUGAGGGGUGGGGCGAGGGGGAGCCCUCCCCCUGCAUGCUUCUGGCUGGAGCACCUCCCUGGGGGUUGGGUGAACGGGUUGUGGGCAGCCAGGAGAAGCCACUGGGGCCUGAGGGUGUGGGGCGGUGUGACGGGCGCACACUGUAAGUACCUAUAAUAAAUCUUUUGGCUUUGACGGUCUGUGAUGGUUGGUUCUCUUUUUAUCGGCCGCGCCAGGAUUGGGGGAAGGCUGUAGGCGGGACCGCGGGUGCGGAGAAUAUCUAAAUGGCUCCUGUGGUGUGGACUGAAUUCGGGGUCCAAGCACAGGGUCCCGGACGAGGCACCUAGAUGCCAUACCUAAAUAGGAGACCCUGGAAGGGAUGGGGAAGUGUUUUGUUAACCCGCAGCAGCUAAGCUUCCCUAGAGUAGCCGCCGGGUCCGCCCCGUCCGAGCCAGUAGAGAAAGGCCCUUUAAGGAGGCGGGCAUAUUAGCUGUGACGAGCGAGGGCACUAUCCAAUCGCCGGCGGCUCCAGGGCCCACCGA